AUGGCUAGUGGAUCUGUUCUUGUUACAGGUGGGACGGGCUACAUUGGGUCCUUCACGGCCCUCGCCCUUCUCGAAGCCGGAUACAAAGUCGUGGUUGUCGAUAAUCUGUACAAUUCCUCAGAGGAAGCCCUCAACCGCAUCGAAUUGAUCUGCGGAAAGCGUCCGGAGUUCGUUAAUCUCGAUGUCAGGGACGAGGCUGCGUUCGAUAAGGUCUUUGACGCGCACCCAGAUAUCGACAGCGUGAUUCACUUUGCAGCCUUGAAGGCGGUUGGGGAGUCCACUGAGCGUCCGUUAGACUACUACGAUGUAAACGUACAUGGCUCGAUCUGCCUCUUGCGGUCGAUGGUGCGCCACAAUGUAUAUAACAUCGUCUUCUCAAGCUCGGCAACAGUGUAUGGUGACGCUACACGCUUCCCAAAUAUGAUUCCAAUUCCAGAGGAAUGUCCCUUGGGUCCAACAAACCCAUACGGCAACACAAAAGUUGCGAUCGAAUCUGCAAUCACCGAUAUGAUCAAUUCGGAGAGAGCAAGGGCAAAAAGGGCUGGAAAGCCAGAAGAAGCUGAGAAGUGGAAUGCUGCCUUAUUGCGAUAUUUCAAUCCAGCUGGCGCUCACCCCAGCGGAAUCAUGGGCGAAGAUCCCCAAGGCGUUCCAUAUAACCUGCUUCCUCUAUUAGCACAAGUGGCAAAUGGAAAGAGAGAGAAGCUCUCAGUGUUCGGAAAUGACUAUGCUUCUCACGAUGGUACAGCUAUCCGUGACUAUAUCCAUAUUCUGGAUCUUGCAGAUGGUCAUCUUGAAGCUCUCAACUACCUACGUGCGAACCAUCCUGGUGUCCGUGCCUGGAAUCUCGGUACUGGCAAAGGAAGCACCGUUCUGGAGAUGGUCAAAGCCUUCAGUGAUGCAGUUGGACGAGAACUUCCCUAUGAGAUUGCUCCUCGCCGUGAUGGAGAUGUUCUUGACCUUACCAGCAACCCAUCAAGAGCUAAUAAGGAGCUUGGGUGGAAGGCUAAACGGGACCUUCACCAAGCCUGCGAGGACUUAUGGCGAUGGACUGACAAUAAUCCCCAGGGGUACCGACAGAACCCUCCUGCAGAGUUGCUUGAGAAAUUGAAAGCAAAAUAG